UAAAAACACACCUACGUCAUUACGUCGUGUUUGAACGUGGCGGCGCGAUCCCUAGCAGCAGCUCACCUAAAGUUGAUUAGCAGCGUUUUCUUGUAAUAUUAAAGAAUGCGAACAAAACGACAUUUUACAUUACAAUGCAGGUAGUAAAUGGCAUCCAAUCUCUCAGUGAGUUUGGUAUACAGACCGAUCAAAUACGGCUUUAAUCGCAAUAUCUCAGGACUGCGAUGACCUGCAAAUUAAGUGGCCUGUUCAACAUUGGUGAGGACUUUGAUGAUGAGGACCUGCUCGGGACCGACUGGGCUGUCCGCUCAGCGCCUGGAUCAGCUGAUGUGGCAGCUGCUGUGUCCUCCUGCUCGCUGCGGGCAUCCUCUGUUUCUCACAGAGAGCCGGAGAAAAACUGCGUUCAGCAAACUACAGAGAGAUCAGCUGCUCUGUGUAACAGCUCGGCAUCGAGGAGCAGCACACACACCGCUGCAGCACAAACUGUUGCUCAGGGUUUGAGGCGGCCCUCUUCCUCCUCCUUUUCCUCUGCUCAGACUCAUCCUCACACACUGGAUAAAUCUCAGCCUGCUUUGACACACCAACAGAGUCCUGCCAACACGGCGGGACCGGAUGAUUUUGAUGAUUGGGAUGUUGACCUGGCAGACCUGGAUGAGUGUGACCAGCAGAUGGUGCAGUCUGCUGCUCCAGCCCAACCUGCACCUGCGUUUAAUCCUGCAACUUCAGCAAAAACACUGCGACCCCCGACAAGCAGCGGACCUAAUCGGACCCAGAGAGACUUGAACGCUGCUCCCCAGGCCCCUGGCUCUUCUAGUAGUUACCUACCUACUCGGAUCUGCUCCACUCAUGUUCUCAGAACUGCAAACCCCCGCCCCUCUCCCCUGUCAGUGCCUCCUCAGAGUCCAAGUGUUUUCUCUGGCCUUACUGUGUCUUCCCCUGCCCCCAGCCCUAUUUCCAGGACACUCAACAGGCCCCAGAGACCGUGGGCAACACCAGGACCCUCCCCUCAGGGCCGUGCAAUCUUUGAGUCAUUCUCCCCAGUGCCCUCUUCCUGUUCCUCACUGAACUCCUCCACCCUCAGCCCUCAUCCCCUUCACACACCGGUCCUCACCAACCGCCUGGUGCAGCUGGUCUCAGCCUCCAAUAAGCUUCCUCAGAGGAGACCCCGCUCCGAUGCCCACCGGCCCAGGACCCGCCGCUUCCCGGGGCCCGCAGGGUUCCUGCCAGAGCAGCUUCAGGGUCAGAGGCUGGACGACAUCGUGGUUUCUGUCCCUCAGACUCCGGCUCACGGCGCUGUGGCCCGGUCACCAAGCCAGGGCUCCAGCUCACAGACUGAAGAAGACGAGUUCAGCGGUGGUCCCUGGGCUGCGAUGAAAGCAGAGAUGGGAUUGGACGAGAGGAACCCCUCGUGCUUCCUGCACUCCUACAGUGUGGUCAUGGUUCUCCGAAAGGCUGCACUGAAACGGCUGGCGAAAAACAAAGUUCCCAAUAUGGCCGUGCUGCUGAAGAGCAUCAUCCACACACACGCUGAUGCCAAGGUUGUGUUUAAAGACCCGACAGGGGAGAUUCAGGGAACGGUUCAUCGGCGUCUCCUAGAGGACCGAGUGGAGGAGCUGAAGGUGGGAGCUGUACUGCUGCUCAAACAGGUGGGUGUGUUUUCCCCUUCCCAUCGUAACCAUUACCUGAACGUGACGCCCAACAAUCUGCUGAGGAUCUACGGCCCUGAUGGAGUCAGUCUGUCCUCCACUCAGCUCCCCCCGCUCCUCCUGGAGCCGAUGUCCCCCGCAGGUCCCCCCCCCACCGUCCUCCGGGAGCCCGUGUCUCGGAUGCAGCUGGUGUUUGACGAGGACGAUGAUGAGGGACAAGAAGGGGAAAAAUGCUCGGAGAGACGUGAGGAUGCGGAAACCCCAAGAGACACUAGAGCCGCCCCCAGCAGAGAGCAUGCUGGGAACACGGCAGCACAGGACUCAGGCUGGGAUGCAGAUGAUGACCUAGAUGAACUCCUGGGAGACUUACCUGAAGACACCUACAGCCUCUGAUAACCCAUCAGCAAACCUCCUGCACACACCGUCUCCACCGACUGGAGUCUGUUACAUUUUCCAGUUCAUAAAUAUCACAGAGAAAAGUUAAUUUGUUGAUGCUGUCAUUUCUCUGCAUCACUAGUGACGGAUUUGUUAUAAGAAGCAGUCACUCGAAGCCAACACAUGCUCAUUAAUCACUUGCAAAAGCUCCUGAAAUCAGCUGUUUGUUUUCAAAUUCACGUCUUAUAUUCUCACAAAGAAUAAUUCUGAGAUUGUCUGCGUUGGUGUAUUUUGGCUGAUACUCUUUCAUUGUUAUCUGUUGUUACACUUUAAUUAAGUGACCUUGCAAUAAAGGAACCUAUCUACAAAGCAUUGAUUUGGUAAUCCUGCAAAAAGAGCCCAAAGAGAGGCUUUUCUGUCAGCCUGCGCUCCAUUUUCAGUUGGGAUUUUCCGAAGCUUGCAGUGGAGUAGAUACACUGUGACCCAUCUUGUUUGCCAUGCGUUUAGAGGUGCAUCUCAGCCACAUGAGGAUUGCUUGAUUAAAAAAAGGGUUUACCAGGCCCUGUCUGUAGAGAGCCAGAGCAUCAGAGUGGAGUUACACCGUGACUAACAGGCUCUUAUGGAGGCUUUCCCAACUCAUCAUCUACUCUGCUUCACUGUGAAAAAAAAUCUGGUUAAUCCUCUGCCUCUUUGUUAUUUGGUGUAUACUGCAGCUGCUGAAACUGCCUGGACUAUGUUUAAAAGAGGAAGUGGGAAUGAUGAAAUGAGGUGCAUUGUAUAUCAUCCCAAAUGCGAGUUAAUUGGCUGAAAAUAGAACAGUUUACAAUAUAGUCUGUAAAUGCUUUAAGGCUGCAACUACAGAUUAUUUUAAUCAAUAAAUCCGCCUAUUAUUUUCACAAUUAUUCAUUAAGUCCAUUCAAUGUAAAAAAAAAAUAGAACAUUUCAAAUAAGCAUAAACAAUGACUUUCCUAUAAUUUUUUUAUUUAGAAAUAAAGCCAGCAGGGGGUAGCAUUUAACACCCACGCUGGCAGCUCCGGUCCUAGUGGACAUCAUUAGUUAAGUUCAUGAGCUUAUGAGACAGCUGAGAGACCUGAAGAUAAAACUUUUAAUUGGAGGGAAACUUGAAUUAAAUAGGAGAAGGCUCUUUGAAAGUGCGUGUAUGUGCGUGCUCGUUCAGACCGGGUUGCUACUUCUGUUAUCUACACAUCAACCAAUUAAGACCUCCUCAAAAGGGGAAGGAGGUCCGAUUCAGCUAUUCUGCAGCUACUGAUCACACUCUGAAAUAAUUUGCCCUUCAACUUUAACCGUGUCUUGCCAGAGGUAAAACAUCAACUGUGCCCUGUCUUGCCAACUCUGGUACUCACACUUCCUAAUUAUCUGUCUUGUAAGAGUUUAUUGUUUUUCAUAAGCCAUUAAAAUAGUCCGAAAGUGUA